GCGCGAAAUUCGAAUUUUGAACUCAGUCGUUCGCGGGAACACACGCGUAGCACAUCGGGAAGCGCGCCCUCUGGUUUUUUAUUUUUUUUAAUCCGGCACUCGUAAGGUGUUGAAAGAUGAAGUACCUGAUUGUUUUGGCGGUUUUCGCGUUGGCUUUCGCUGCCGAGGAGAAGAAGGCGGAAGAGGCAACAGCCAAGAUCUACAUGAGGUUGAUCCCCGCUGAUGUGUUGAGAGAUUUCCCCGGUCUUUGCUUCGCAUCAACCCGGUGUGCAACGGUCGAACCCGGCAACUCCUGGGACCUGGCUCCCUUCUGUGGCCGCAGCACCUGCAAAGUCAGCGAGGACACGCCCCCAAGGCUUCUGGAGCUGGUUGAGGACUGUGGCCCUCUCCCUAUCGCCAACCCCAAGUGCAAACUUGACACAGACAAAACCAACAAGACUGCGCCUUUCCCCGGUUGCUGUCCAGUCUUCACUUGCGAAGAUGGUGCUAAGUUAGAGUACCCCGAGCUCCCCACACCUCCCCCAGAAGAGGAGGCCAAGGAACCGGUGAAGAAGGCCUAAAUUAAAAAAAAUAGUUAUAAAAAAUUAAUAUAAUCUAUGGACGCGAAAUUGCACAGAUCUCCCGCGUCCAUUGUCAAAUUCCAAAUUCCUUUUUUUGUGGUACAAAAUGUUUUAAAAUUGUUUAAAAAAAGUAAGCGAUCUUUCACUAUUUUUUUUAUCAGGUCACUUUCUAAUUGUCAUGGUACCGGGACUUUCAAUUGACUAUUGUUCGAAAUUCAAAAGCGGCUUCCUAUUUCCUGUUUUAUUCAUAAUAAAAGAUAACUGUGACAAAGUUGUUCAUUGUUGGCUUAUUGACAAAAAUGUUACUAUUGAAAGAGAUUGUUGUCGAUUUUUUUAGAAGUACAUCGGCUUUUUUACUUGAAUAAAUGCCUAUUAUAAGUAAUGUUUGUGAUAUUGAUAAAUAAUAGAAAAGUUAUUCAAUAAAAAACACAAAAUUUCUA